CUUUUUCUUAAAAACUAUGUCCAAUUACAGCUACAAUUAUAUCAUAAAGUAUAUCAUUAUUGGUGAUACUGGUAUUGAAAGAAGAAAGAAAAAAAAACAAUAGAAUAUACUAACUAGAUAAAUGAUGUAUUCUAUAGGUGUUGGCAAGUCUUGUAUCUUGCUUCAAUUUACCGACAAGAGAUUUAUGCCAGCUCAUGAUUUGACGAUUGGUGUUGGAUUUGGUACACGUUUUAUUACAGUCAACGAUCAACAAAUAAAAUUACAAAUCUGGGAUACAGCUGGACAAGAAUCAUUCAGAUCGAUUACAAGAAGCUAUUAUCGAGGUGCAGCUGGUGCUCUGUUGGUUUAUGAUAUCACAAGAAGAGAGACGUUUGAACAUUUGCCUGUCUGGUUAGAAGAUGUGCGCCAACAUGCUAACCCAAACACAGUCAUUAUGUUGAUUGGAAACAAAUGUGAUUUGGAAAAGAAUCGACAAGUCUCUAGAGAAGAGGCUGAGAAGUUUGCUCAAGAGAACGAUUUGUUCUUUUUGGAAACAUCUGCAAAAUCUUCGGAAAACGUUGAAGAAGCAUUUGCAAAGACAGCAGAAGCUAUUCAAAAGAAGAUUCAAAAUGGUACCAUUGACAUGAACAGUGAAACAAAUGGCGUCAAAUUAGCUCCUCCUCAGGGUGGAUCUUCUUUACCUUCUGCAAAUUCUUCCUCAAGCAGUGGUGGCUGCUGCUGAAUACCCUCUCAUUUUUUUCUUUCUUUUAUUUCUUACACUUAAUACAAUAAUGAUACAAUAUUCUCUCUCUCUCUAAAUCCUUGAUGUGUAACAUGGUCUCUUUUAGGUUUUGUUUUGUUACACAGUCCAAAACAAAACAAUAAAUAAAUGAAAAAGAGGUUGCAUGAAAUA